AACUUUAUAUUAUUCUUCUUUUUUAUCCACAGCGACAAGAUUUUCUUUUUGCAUUCGACAUGAGUCCAACUAAGACUAACGGGCUUAGAAGUUGGAGUGUUGAAUCUGACGAUGAUAACAAUCCCAUUGAAAAUAUAUCAUCACCACCAACUUCUCUAAUGGUCUCACCGUUUCGAUUCUUUGAUGAUGAAACCUACUACACAACACCAUAUCUCCCUUCAACAGUCUCAUCCUUUCAAACCAUUAUCGAUGAAGCCAUCUUCGAUGAAACCUACAACCCAACAACAUUUUAUCCUCUAAUAGACUCACCGUUUCAAACCCUUGAUGAUCAACCCUUCAACAUAACAUAUCCCUCUACUCUAGAGGUCGGACCUCUUCAAACUGUUGAUGAUGAAAACCGUAACACAAAACCACCUCCUCCUCUAGAUGUCCCACCCCUUCCGACCAUUAAUGGCGAAACCCACAAAACAGAACCACCUCUUCCUACUCUGGAGAUCACCUUACCUCAAACUGUUGAUAAUAAUAUUAACAACACCCCUCCUCCUACUCUAGAAGUCCUACCCCUUCCAACCAUUGAUGGUGAACCCCACAAAGCAGAGCCACCUCUUCCUACUCUGGAGAUCACCUUGCUUCAAACUGUUGAUAAUAAUAUUAACAACACCCCUCCUCCUACUCUAGAAGUCCCACCCCUUCCAACCAUUGAUGCUGAAGCCCACAAAACAGAACCACCUCUUCCUACUCUGGAGAUCACCUUGCCUCAAACUGUUGAUAAUAAUAUUAACAACACCCCUCUUCCUCCUCUAGAAUUCCCACCCCUUCCAACCAUUGAUGGUGAACCCCACAUAAUAGAACCACCUCUUCCUACUCUAGAGAUCACCUUGCUUCAAACUGUUGAUAAUAAUAUUAACAACACCCCUCCUACUCUAGAAGUCCCACCCCUUCCAACCAUUGAUGCUGAAGCCCACAAAACAGAACCACCUCUUUCUACUCUGGAGAUCACCUUGCUUCAAACUGUUGAUAAUAAUAGUAACAACACACCUCCUCCUCCUCCAAUGGUCUCAUUGCUUCAAGCCAUUGUACCAUAUGAAACCAACAAAGACUCCAUUGCUGCUACUGAUGGUCCUAGUUCUGGUGCAAUCAAAAGAAAACGUGGUCGGCCAAGGGGUUCAAAGAACUCUAAGACGGCCAUACAAAAGCCGAAACCUUAUGAUUCCAACAGCAAAGUGGUUACGUCUUGCCCAAGUUUCGACUCGGGGAUAAGCGAAGCAGAGAGAGAAACAGGAAACAAAGAAGUAGCUGAUUCAGUUCUGAUGCGGUUUGAUGCGGUGAGGCGUCGGCUAUGCCAGCUAAAGUGCUUUAAAGGACCCCUACUUCCAACCGCUCUCGCUAACUGUAAGAAUUUGGGUGUUAAGACUAAUGCGAAGAAAAGAAUCGGCUCGAUUCCUGGAGUAAAUGUGGGUGACAUAUUUUACUAUUGGGGAGAGAUGUCCUUAGUUGGGCUACACAUGCUGAUGGUUGCCGGUAUUGACUAUCUAACUAUCAAAGACGGUGCAACAGAAGGUCCUCUAGCUACAAGUGUGGUAACUUCAGGACGCUACGAUGACGAAACUGAAGACACUCAAACUUUAAUUUAUAUUGGACAUGGUCGUAAAACUCGUGAUCAGGAACUUCGAGGAGGAAACUCUGCGUUGAAGGAAAGUAAACUGAAAGGAAAUGAAGUUAGAGUGAUAAGAGGUGAAGAAGAUCCCAACAACAAGGGUAGAAAGAUUUACAUCUAUGAUGGCCUUUACAUUGUGUCAGAUUCAUGGGCAGCUAAAGGAAAAUCCGGGUUCAAAGAGUUCAGGUUCAAAUUGCUGAGAAAACCAGACCAACCUGCUGGUUAUGCAAAUUGGAAGUCAUCUAAAAACUGGAGUAAGUGUACGGAUAAUUCAAGAAAAGGUUUGAUACUUCAAGAUCUUUCAUAUGGAGCCGAGACUUUACCAGUCCCAUUGGUGAAUGAAAUUGAUGAGAAUGACAAGGAGAUGCCUCAAGAUUUCAGCUACGUCAACUCUUCGACUUGUCCAAGUAUGACGAUCGUUCAGAACUAUCAAUCUACCGCAUGCAUCGAUUGUCAUCAAGUUCAGUUAUGCGAAGAUCCAACGUGCAUUUGUGUCCAAAGGAACGGUGGCGACUUGCCAUACCAUAACCGUAUUCUAGUUUGUCGUAAGCCAAUGGUUUAUGAAUGUGGAGACAUGUGUCCUUGUCCUCCCGACUGCCACAACAGAGUGACUCAAACUGGUUUGAAAAUUCGCGUUGAAGUGUUUAAGACGGAGAAAUGCGGUUGGGGGUUACGUUCGUUGGAGCCGAUUCGAGCAGGGACUUUCAUUUGUCAGUUGAUUGGUAUGGCUAAGAGAAUACAUGACGUAGACGAGCAUGACGAAUAUGUAUUUGAUUCUUCUCGCGUUUACAACCAGUUCAAGUGGAACUACGAGCCGGAGCUCGUGGGUGAAGAUUGUUGGGACCAAGUCCCUGAAGCUUACAAGCUUCGAUGGCGAAUGGUUGUCAGCUCGAAAGCGUAUGGAAAUGUCAGCCGGUUCAUGAACCAUAGCUGUUAUCCGAAUGUUAUGUGGCAGCCUGUUGAAUAUGAAGAUUCUCGUCAACCGUGUGUUCGCAUUGCGUUUUUUGCAAUGAAACAUAUACCUCCACUGACGGAGCUGAGAUAUGAUUAUGGAAUGUCUUGUAGAACUGAAGAGGUUGGAGAAGAUGGGAAGACAAUUUUCAAAGGCAAGAAGAUUUGUCAUUGUGGUUCAUUCAAGUGUCAAGGCUCUUUUGGAUGAUUUGGAACUUUUUUUUAUAUCUUGUUUCUUUUGUUUCUUUUAGCUUUCUUGUUAUGGUUAUUGUGGGUUUCUAGAAAUUUUAAGCAAUAAUAUUGCCAUCAAUAAAACUGUUUAAAGUUUCUAAACAAUGAUUCAACUUAUACUUUCAACUUCUUUUUUUUUUAAAGAAUUCAUAUUCUACUUGUAUUAUUUUUUCAUUAUUUAUCUCCUAUUAUAUAUCAUGAAAAUUCUCAUAUUAUAUAAUAGAUUGUCAAAGUUUAUCAAGUUAGAAUUUUUAUUAUAUAUUAUCUUUUUGGUUUUAUUAUCAGUUAAACGUAGGUCCAUAUCAGACCUAAUUAAGUCAAGAUAAGUACAUAUAUAAUACUGCUUAGUUAAAUAUAAAAGAGAACAAAAUGAUCAAAAACCCAACAUAUACCAAUAAAUUUACUAAAAUAGAACAAAAAACUAACCUAUUGUUCAUUUCCCAUAAACCAAUAUUAAUUUGACAGUAGUAUAAUAUUUUUUAAACAAAGUAUUAUAAUAUUUUGUUAUAAUUCGAUAAGGCCUUUUAGUUAUUUUUGUUUGUAAAUAAAAAAAAUUACUAACCACAGUGAAAGACCUUUGUCUGGGGCCACAGAUGGAACCCUAGUUCAUUUUUACCCUCUCUUUUUUGUUCGUAACUUAUUUUUUAGGUUGCUUUAAUGGCCAUGAGUUCUUAUAAAGGGAAAUAAUUCUGGAUAUAGAAUUGUACCAAUUGUUUUGAUAAACUGACAAUGUUGAUUAUCGAACUCUAAAACUUAUCAUGUUCAUACUCAGUGACUUCGUUAAGUGAAAGGUGUUCAGCAUUGUGGUCCUUAUUUGGUGUAGAUUCACGUACAAAACUUGUUAAUUCUAUUAAUCGUUUUUGUAGAACUUUGCAGAUUGUAAUGGAUGAAAAUCAGCGCCCCAAUGGAAUCCCAGUUACUCGGUUUACCGUUUACUCUCUCCUGUCAAUAUAUGCUCAAAGUGAUGAUGAAAAACUCGCAUUUGAUUACAACUCUGGAAACACCAGUAUUCUAGUAAGUGGUUAUGUAUAUAGCUUUCACGUGGUGCAGUUGAAGCUUUUUUUUAAAUCUCGGUUAAACAAUUAAGUAAUACUGAUUUGGUUCCACCAGGGCAAUCGGUACACCUCGGCUGUCAGGGUACUAAGAUAGCUAAGCAGGUAAAGUUGAGUGUUAUCAUCAGCUGUACUUACUGAAGUUUGUGGCGUUACUUAGAAGGAAGGAACAUAAGAGUUGCUUGCAUUAUGCUCAGUGUUGCUUUUAUUCACAGCAGAAACCUGUAGAAUUAACAUUGAUCUCGUUAAACCUUUUUAGUGUGAUUUUUAAUCCAAAUUUAGUGAAACUAUAUUUCUAACUUUUAUGUCAACAAAUGUUAGAGAAUCUAAGCGAAGAAAAAAAUGGUUGUUAGAGGAGGGCGAUAGGUUUAUGGAAUAUUUUGAUUUGCUAAACAAGGGAAGAUUUUGUGAAUAUUUUCAACGAAAAAUUUUCGUGAGCUUUGUCAACAAAUCUUGCAAAAUGCAUAUUCUACCGAUCUUAUAGACAAUAUGAAAAUAUAGAUUCUAGAUUUUGUGAUUGGUAGAUUAAAGGGAUGAUGCUAGAAUUGUAAAGUAACCGUAGAUAGAUUGACAAACUAGAAGCGUGAGCUGAUGGCUGGAAAAGAUGAGGAAUAUUGGGAUGGGUUCAUG